GAGCAGCAGAGAAUUGUGGACAAUUCUUCUGGGCAAAUCAGCUUUAAGAGAAGCAGCACAGAUUGCAGCAGAAUUGAGCGAGCACUGGCAGAGAUUGUUAGAAGGACUCUCAUACUAUACACCACCAAGUACGACUUCCGCAGAAAAAAUAAAAGCUGACAAAAGUAUAGCUGCUCCACUAAAAGAGUUGGGACUGAGAGUCAGCAAGUUUUUGGGUCUGAAUGAAGAGCAGAGCGUGCAGUUGUUACAGUGUUUUCUUCAAGGGGAUUACAGAGGAACGAGGGACUCCCUGAAGACAAUUCUUCAGGAUGAAAGGCAGAGUCAGGCUCUGAUGCUGAAGAUUGCUGACUAUUACUAUGAAGAGAGGAUCUGCAUUCUGCGCUGCGUCCUCCACCUACUCACUUAUUUUCAGGAUGAGAGGCACCCGUAUUCAGCACAAUACUCCCAGUGCGUUGAAAAGUUGGAGAAGGAGCUAGUUCCUAAUUACCUGAAACAGUUUGAAGCGCUGUACAAAGCAGAAGCUCCUACGUGGGAAACGCAUGGAAAUCUCAUGACAGAACGUCAGGUUUCCCGUUGGUUUGUGCAAUGCCUCCGUGAACAGUCCAUGCUCCUGGAAGUCAUCUUCCUCUACCAUGCAUACUUUGAAAUGGCACCUGAUGAUCUUCUGGCAUUUGCAAAGAUGUUCAAAGAACAGGGAUUUGGCACUAGGCAAACCAACAGACAUUUGGUAGAUGAGAGCAUGGAUCACCUGGUGGAUCGUAUUGGCUAUUUUAGUGCUCUUAUUCUGGUGGAAGGCAUGGAAAUCGACACCCUCCAUGAGCGGGCCUUGGAUGGCAGGACGGAGGGGCACAAGUUAGCCAAUAAUGAGCGCAUCCACCAGGAGAUGGACAAUCAGCUGCUGCAGUUAGGAGAUGUCUCACAUCAUGCUCCAGUGCUUUUGGCCUGGGCUCUGCUCCGUCACACUGUAAACCCGGAGGAGUCAGCAAACAUCAUCAGCAGAAUCGGCAGCACUGCCAUCCAGCUGAACAUUUUCCAGUAUCUGACAAAGCUUCUGCGAUCGCUGAGCAGUGUGGGGAAGAAUUGUACUGUCAGCACAGCUUCUAUGUGUGUGUAUGGGCUUCUUUCCUUUGUCCUGACAUCACUGGAAUUACAUACAUUGGGCAAUCAGCAGGAUAUAAUUGAUGCUGCAUGUGAAGUUCUGGCAGCUUACAACAUUCCUCAGACCUUCUGGAAGUCGGAACCUACUAUGGGUCUGGCUGUUAUCCUGGAGAGUGUCUGUGGGAUGUUCCCCCAUCUUCUUACUCCUUUUCUUCAGCUGCUCCAAGCCCUCGUGUCAGAUAAAUCUACAGCAAAAAAGGUGUACAGUUUCCUGGAUAAAAUGUCCUUCUAUAUUGAGCUGUACAAGCAUAAACCUCCUGAUGUGAUCUCUCAUGAAGAUGGCACCCUUUGGCGAAGACAGGCUCCAAAGCUCCUCUAUCCUCUUGGACUAGGUCAAACAAAUCUACGGAUACCUCAGGGAACAGUGGGCCAAGUGAUGCUGGAUGACCGGGCUUAUUUGGUACGAUGGGAAUAUUCCUACAGCAGCUGGACACUGUUUACCUGCGAGAUUGAGAUGCUGCUCCAUGUUGUAUCAACAGCAGAUGUGAUUCAGCAUUGCCAGAGGGUCAAGCCAAUAAUUGAUCUGGUUCAUAAAGUCAUCAGCACUGAUGCAUCGAUAGCAGAUUGCCUUCUGCCAAUCACAUCACGCAUCUACAUGCUCCUGCAGAGGCUGACAACUGUAAUCUCUCCUCCCGUGGAUGUUAUUGCUUCUUGUGUCAAUUGUUUGACAGUACUGGCUGCUCGAAUGCCAGCCAAGGUUUGGACUGACCUUCACCAUACAGGGUUCUUACCAUUUGUUGCCAACCCAGUGUCCAGUAUGAAUCACAUGAUUAGUGCAGAGGGAAUGAACGCUGGGGGCUAUGGAAACCUUUUGAUGAACAUAGAACAGCCUCAAGGCGAGUACAGUGUCACCAUCUCCUUCCUGAACCUGAUCACAACUCUUGUCCGGGGACAACUUGGUAGCACCCAGAGCCAAGGACUUGUACCUUGCAUUGUGUUUGUCCUGAAGGAAAUGUUACCAAAUUACCACAAAUGGCGUUACAACUGUCAUGGAGUGAGAGAGAAAAUUGGGUGCCUUAUUCUGCAGUUGAUCCAUGCUAUACUGAAUUUAUGCCCCGAAAUGGAUCCUCGCAGCGGCAAUGCCCCCAGCCUUCAGUCCUUGUGCGUCUUCAGCCUGGCCAACACUGAAGCAGGGCAAGCUGUCAUUAACAUCAUGGGAAUUGGUGUGGACACUAUUGAUAUGGUAAUGGCCUCCCAGUCUAGUAG